UAAAUAGUUUCAUCAAUCUACGCGCCGACUCCAACUUCCUCUUUCACCUUUAUCCGUUGUCUUGUUUCUUAUGUUCACAACAAAAGAAAGUACUACUAAUAUUCAUACCUUUGUUUACAUACACACACAAAAAAUAUAUUGGACUAAAAACUAAGAAAAAAGAAUCACUAUUCCAAGUCAUAUGAGAGUUUGGACUUGUGGGUUGACAAGCUUCACCUACACGGCAGGGAAGACUUUUCUCUCUUUAAUUUCUCACAUACACACAGAAGAAGAAGAAGAAGAAGAAGAAGAAGAAGAAGAAAAUGAGGGAGGGUGUUGAUAGUUAUUAUAAUGCUAAUAGAGGAAUACUUUGUGUUAACGUAAAAAUCUCCACCAAUUUCUUCUACACAAUUUCUUCUUAGUUUUUGUUACUGCUAGCUAACCGGAGUGAGAUGAGUAGUCAAACGAGCACUAAAGUUCGGUUUGUUAGAUGUCCCAAAUGCCAAUUGGUUCUUCCUGAGUUAGCUGACAUUCCUGUCUACAAGUGUGGUGGAUGUGGCACAGUUCUCCAAGCUAAGAACAGGAAAAGAGCUCCUAUAAAGAACAACGUACUUGAUCCAAAUGAAAUAAGCAGCGCAAGCGAAGAAGUGAACGAAGGAAAGACAUUGGAUCAAGGGGGCGCUGGGGACUCUAACAAGGAGCUACGUCGACAGUUAAAUUCCCCCGAUGAGCCUUCAAGCUCUUCUGAGCUUAGCUGUCUUGAGAAUGAAGAUCCUUUAUCCAAAUCUGCAGUACAUAAAGGAGAUGAACACAGUUGUGCUUUGGACGAAAAGACAGAACGAUAUGAAAAUGGAUCUUGGGAUCAAUGCCAUUCCACGGGAGGAGAAAACUUCUCCAAUAGACUUGCUAGCUCAGAUGAACUUACUUGUCCUAAAUUGGCAAGUCCAAUUGUUGAAGCCAAAGAAGGUGCCAAAGGUUCAGCCAGUGAAGAGAGAGAGAAACUGGAGCUGGAUAAAGACACUGGAUGUCCAACCCUUGAAACUGAACAAGAUAUGGAAGGUUUAGCCCUUGAAAUGACAGACCAACUGGAACCGGAUGAAGACAACUUCCUUGUGGAUGAUCAAAAUGAAAGUGUAGUUAAUCAUAAGAGUAAUUACGUUAAUGAGAAUUCUACUUACUCUGAAUGUGAAGUAUCUACUGGAAGUGGGGCACAUGAAGAUGGAAUUGAAAGCAAAUCUCAAACCAUGGGAAGGGGCCAAAAUGAUUUCCAAUGUCUCAAUGCAGAAUCUUCUGAAAAUGUAAGAUACGCCAAGGAAGCCUCCCGUGACUUUGAGAAGCAGUCAUCUGUAUGCUCUGACAUGUACCAUAGUAUUUUGAAUGAAAGCAUCCUAUCAGACACUUUGAUGUCUACUGAUCAUGAGCAGUUUGAGCAAUUUCAGAAAGAGAUUCCCUCAGGUUUUGAUCGUAUAAGUUCUAUGGAUACGUUAGAAAAUCUACCGCUAAAUAUUUGUCGAUCUGAGCCUCCUGUUAAUCUCAGAUCUCCUACACACAGAAGUUACUAUGCCUAUGAUGGCAGUGCAUCUUCAUGUGAUGGGGAUGAUCAUAUACCCAAUCAGUACCAUCACCAACCUGGAAGAAAAGCAUACCCUGUCAGCCCCAGUGAGUUUCUUUUGGACGGUAGAUGCCGAGUAAACAACACAAUGAGCGGUGAGUCAAAGAUGGUGCAGCGAGCAAUGAAUUUUUCUACAGCAUUUCCAGGAAGGAGUCAUGAGGAAUGGCCUCAGUCUAGAAGACAUGGUUGGGUCUCUGCAAGUAGAAUGACAUCGGACAAGGAUGAGCACGCCACAGCAUUUCCAUUUAUUUCAGCAGGUUCUCGUGCAGGACAUAAGCAUGGAAACGCUUCAAAUUAUCGGAAAAAUACGGCCCACCAUUCUAGUCUCCAUCCACCACCCAGAAUGCCCUCAGAUUCAGAACCAGACAAAAUAGAAUUAUUGAGAAUGGUGUAUGAACUUGAAGAUCAAUUGCGCCAGACACGCAUUACUAAUAGGAUGGCCAAUGGACGGUUUUCUGCAGAGGUAAUGAGGGAUGAAGAGUAUAACCCUUCAUACUAUGAUCAGUUUUUGGAAGAUGGUCAAGUAAGUGGUGAUUUAAACUAUUCUAGAUAUCCUGUAAGAUGCAAUCAUGGAAAAGGCUGGCCACAACAACGUAAAGGCUCAAGAAUACCUUUUUCUGCAGAGGCUGCACAUUACAGGGACCAAGCUGAUUGCCUGUGUUCACAUUGCUCCCCUCAGGUCCGGCCUUGCUCAGCGCAGAUGCAUCCUUCAGUUUGCUAUAACAAAGGCCGCCGGGUUGCCUAUUCCAGCUGUAACUGUUGCAAUCACCUCCAGUCUGGUUCUUCUAGUCCUCAGCAUUACUCAAGCUCUGAGUAUUCCCGUGAGACAAAAUCUGAUCAUGAGAUGAAGAAACUGUAUCUGCGAGACAAAUACUCAAAAAUGCGGCAUGUCCGACCAGUAGCUGGUGGAGCACCAAUAAUUUCUUGUUACCACUGCAACGAACUUCUACAGCUGCCUGCAGACUUUCUUCUUUUCAAAAGGCGAUGCCAUCAGCUUCGAUGCAACGCUUGUAGAAAGGUUCUGAAGUUUUCUCUCCAAAACCAGAUACAUGUAGUCCCAUUCUAUGCAGAGGAGGCUUUAGCUCCUCCACCAAGUGAGGUUGAUGAUCAACAGAACGUGGCAUAUGAAUAUCAUCUUAAUUCUUGUCCCCGUAAUGAACCAAUAUCGUGUUCUGAUGAUUUGGGACCAUCUUUCUGCAGAAGCGUCUCUACUGAAGAGGAGUCUUCAUUACCUCCAAUUCAACCUCUUGGAAGGACAUCUUUCAACAGAGAAAUAUCCUCUAGCAGUUCUUCUGUCCCCACAAAAGAUAGAAAAAUGAAAUCUGUUAUGAGGGAACCUUACACGGGGACCUUUGGAUCACCAGGGCCUGCCGCUAAGAUGUCUAAGUGGGGAAAAGUAGGAUCUUCAGAAAUUGAGGAAGUACAACCAAAUGGAGGCUCUCCCCUUCAUCGGCUUAUGGGUUAUUCUUCGCCAAGUGAAGUGAUACAUUGGUGACUGCCUCAACUUCUCAAGGAAAUGAAGCAAGGAUCAAAAAGAAAGAGGCUAGUCACUAGGCAACAAAGGGAAAAAGAUCCACCAUUUUUGAUAGAUACUUGAGGUAAAGGGAUCUUCUUGGAACAGGCUUCUUGGCGGUAAAGAUAUACCAACAGAUCAUGGUGAAACACAAGUCGUUCAUUCAGGCGCUCAUCUGUUUGUAUCGUCUGAUGUAUCAUUUUUCUCGUAGUUUUUCACUUUUCACACUAUGUACAGGUGAAUGAAAGUGGCAGCUAGUAGGUUGUAUAGAAAAUUGAGGUAUUCAUGGUAGAAGAAUAUGGUACUUUUCAAUUUCCAUUUAUUUGUGUGAUGAUAAUGAUACGUAUUUAGAAUUAAGUGA